CCAUCUUCAACCACGCAGACGCCAGCCAAGAGCCUACCCACCUCCCCCACCCCCACCAAUCCAUUACACAACAUCACUACCACACUUUCAAUUGAAUAAAUCAUCCCAACUCCAACCCAAUUUAAUCAAAUCCUAUUUCCUAUCAAAUUCUGCAAUUUUCAAUGGAUAAUUCAACCCAAGAAUCCCAUCCCCGUCCAGAAAAUGUGGUGACUUUCGACUCCCCUUACCAAAUCUACGCCAUGGCCAUCUCCGCCGCCAAUCGCCGCCGCAUUGCUGUCGGCAGCUUCAUCGAGGAACUCAACAACCGCGUCGAUAUCCUCUCCUUCUCCGAAGAUUCUUCCUCCCUCAACUCCAUCCCCUCUCUCUCCUUCGAUCACCCUUACCCUCCUACCAAAUUACUCUUUCACCCAUCCCCCUCUGCCCCUAGGAACCUCCUUGCUUCCUCUGGCGACUUCCUCCGCCUCUGGGAGAUCAAGGACGCUUCAAUUGACCCUGUUUCUACGCUCAACAAUAGUAAAUCUAGUGAAUAUUCAGCUCCCUUGACCUCAUUUGAUUGGAACGAGGCUGAGCCGCGGAGAAUUGGGACUUCCAGUAUCGACACAACGUGUACGAUAUGGGAUAUCGAAAAGGGUGUUGUGGAAACACAAUUGAUUGCGCAUGAUAAGGAGGUCUAUGAUAUAGCUUGGGGUGAAGCUGGGGUUUUUGCUUCAGUUUCAGCUGAUGGUUCAGUAAGGAUUUUUGAUUUGAGAGAUAAGGAGCAUUCCACAAUUAUUUAUGAGAGUCCUACGCCAGAUACGCCAUUGUUGAGGUUGGCAUGGAAUAAACAAGAUUUGAGAUAUAUGGCAACCACUCUGAUGGAUAGUAAUAAGAUUGUGAUAUUGGAUAUAAGGUCUCCAACAAUGCCAGUGGCAGAGUUGGAGAGGCAUAAUGCGAGUGUGAAUGCCAUCGCUUGGGCGCCACAGAGUUGUAGGCAUAUUUGCUCUGCAGGGGAUGAUGGGCAGGCCUUGCUCUGGGAGUUACCUACUGUGGCUGGACCAAAUGGUAUUGAUCCCAUGUCGAUGUACUCUGCUGGUGCAGAAGUUAACCAGCUGCAAUGGUCUGCAGCACAGCCAGACUGGAUUGCCAUUGCAUUUGGGAACAAGAUGCAAAUGCUGAAAGUGUAAGGUGGUAGCAUCUUUCUGUUGUUUAACGGGUUUUAGUUAAAGUAAUUGUUAGAAAUUGGUCAAUGAGAGGGGAAGCUAUUGUCUUCACUGUUUAGUUGGAUAAGUAUAUAAGAACUUUGAUCAAUAUAUCUGUUUUUGCACGCAAUGAAAGAUGAUUUGGUGAUUGGAUAAUCGUCUAAUGUUUCUUGUUCUUGCCUUUAGUUUGUGUGGUAGUGAAGAUCUGUUCAGUUUGGACC